UGUAGUUUUUGCCGCCCGUUAGCCGCCGAAUGAUAUUAUAGUCAUGAAUCAACACGGAGGAACGAAAGAAGAAAUCUCCACCAAAGAGGAAACAGUACAAUCGGCUACUGAAAUGGAAGACAACGUAGAAAUACUACCGCCACAAAAAACUUGGUAUGGCAUCAAUAAAAAUCUGAUCAUGUUGAAAAUAACCCUGUUUUUCCUUUACGGAGCAACAUCUUCUCUUAUACCGUACUUGACGAUCCAUAUGCAAAGCAUAGGAUUGAAAAUGGAAGAUAUUGCGCUGAUAUAUCUAUCGCUUCCGUUUACAACAUUUCUGGCACCACCGAUCACCGGUUAUUUAGUCGAUAAAUUUGGUCGCUACAAGCCAGUGGUUAUAGUGUCUUUUUUAUUAUCUGCAAUUCUUCACCAUUCGUUGCUACUUAUACCGCCUCAAGAGACACCUGGACAAAUGCCUUCGGCUUACGUUAUAACGCAUCCAAAAAAAUUGUACGUGGAGGUAUGGUGGAGCCCUUGUCCGAGUAGGGAAUGCCCUGAACACGAAGAAUUAGAUGUCGUUCUGGAUACGUGUGUCGAUUAUUGCUUGCUCAAAAAUGCCAAACAAAUGAAACAAGAGGGAUUGAACUUAUCGGAAUCUGAUCCAGGAGACUUGGACGAUUUAAUAUUUCAUCUGACGAGAAACAAAACCAAGGAUGCUAUAUUGGACGUAACGUUAGACAUGCACGAAAACUUAGGGGAACCAAUCGAACAGCUAGGCAUAGAAAUCGAAGAAGAAGAUGAAAACGUUGUUGACCUAGAAAAACGUUUCAGUACUCGUAUGCUUAAACGUUACGGCGUGAACGUCGAAGAAUUGGACGAACAUGACUUAAGAUGCGGAGGGAAAGUAAUGGGAGUCAAUAGAACUACCAAAAGCCGAUUAGCUUUUCUAUCCAAAGAUUGUAUACUACAGAAGUGCCAAUUUCGUACUGGAGGGCCAGAAAUCUGUCCACCCGACUUCAAAGAAAGUGACAGUCGCACAUUCUGGAUUUAUUUCGUCUUAAGAUUCGUAGGCACGGUGAUGGUUACUGCCGGUGUCACCAUUAUGGACCCACUAGCGCUCUCGAUGAUCGAAAAAUACGGCGGAGAUUUUGGAAAGGAACGUUUGUUUUCUAGUUUGGGCAUGGCAAUAUUCUCUCCCAUAACCGGUUUUCUGAUAGAUUUGAACAGUAAGCGGCUGGGUUAUACAGAUUAUUCGGCGGCGUUUUAUACUUUCGAUUUUUUGCUGGUCGUCUCCUCCAUCGCUGUAUUUCUGAUGCCGCUGGGCACCAAACUGCCAGCGGAUAACGUUUUCAGCGGACUCGUGAAUAUAUUUAAAAUGCCCAAAGUAGUCGUCUUUAUACUAUUUUUAUUUAUUCUGGGCAAUCUGUGGGGUUUCAUAGAAAGCUUCCUCUUUUUCUAUCUUAAAGAUUUGGGAGCACCCAAUUCGCUAUUGGGUAUUACAGUUACCGUUGGCACAAUCAGCAGUCUACCUUUCUUGUAUGGAGCGGAAAACAUAACUAAGAAGUUGGGUCACGUCAAUAUUAUCAUUAUAGCAUUCUUCGCGCAUGCCGCUAGGCUUAUGGGGUACUCAGUCAUAGAGAGUGCCUGGUGGUGCUUCCCUUUCGAAGCCAUGGAAUCUAUAUCGGUCCAUUUGAUGUGGGUAGCAGCCGCCACGUAUUGCGCAAUCCUAGCACCGUCGAAUCUAUUAGCCACUCUUAUUGGUGUUUGUGGAAUGGCUCACUACAGUAUCGGUAGAGGUUCUGGCAGUUUCGUCGGCGGCAACAUAAUCGGGAAAUUUGGAAUUAGGCAAAGUUUCCGUCUUAUGGGGCUACUCGCCAUACUUUCCGGUAUUCUCUACGCCAUUUUGCAUUGGACAUGGCUUAAAAACAUACCCAGCGAAUCGGAAGAUGAGGAAGCCGGAACUAACACGACUUUGCAGAAUGGAGAGCCAAAAUACAAAGAUCAAUCCACCAUGGUUAGCAUGGAACGUUUGAGCAUUAUGGUGGAAUACAACCAAAUCGGCUCGUUGACUUCCCUCGGAAGGCAACAUAUUAUUAGGGCUCGAAGCAAUAGCAUCAGAAGAGGCAGCUAUUCUGGAGCCACUAAAAAUCCCAAAGUUUCGAAAAGCGAUCUUCUGAAAUCGGCCUUGGAGGUUAACACCAAAAGUUCGGCGAAACUCAAUAAACUUGUGGAAGCUGAGACAAACUCGGGUAUCAAAUCAGGAAUGCGAAAGAGCCAAAGCGUCGCCCUUCCAGAGCGGCAGAGUUUGAUCCCCAACGAAAAAGAUGAAAUUGUUUAUGAACAAGUGAAAAAACAAAGCGAAAAUAACGACCAAGUUCCCUAACAUUAAAUAUAUUUGGUUUUCGUUUUAUAAUUUAGCACAUCGGCGAAGCUUUUUUUAAAUUCGACCCCAUAUGUUUAUUUUAAUACAUAGAUGCGGUAGAAAAAAGGGGAAGUAAGAGCAGCGACGACAUUUUAUUGGCGCAAUUCCUAAUUAAAUUGUGCGAACAAUUGAUAAAAAUUACACUUGUUGCUUUGUGAUAUUAGGAAACUUAUGGGAAGUUAAUUUUUAGCUCUCGCGAACCUCAAUAGCUAAUCCAUUGCGGCUAAUUCCUUCCAAAACCAAGAAAGCUGAGACCUCAUUUAUGCAUUUUUUAUGAGCCGCCAUGCAUUUUCAAUAAAUUUUCAA